AUGAAUCAUUACCCAUCAUAUUCAAAUGAAAAGUAUUUCGAUGAUUAUGAUGUAAAUGAAGAGAAUAAGAAUUUUAACAGGAAUAGAGCAGACUCUUUUGUAAGAACCCAGGUUUAUUCACCAAUUAUUGAACCGCUACACUACGACGAAAACGAUUUAAAUAUUAUAGAAUUAGCAGGUAAUAAUUUAACAACCCACUCACAGAAAUCAGCAUUCGAGUCACCCUUUCCAAACCCAUUAAAUCAUAAUAAUAGUAAUAGUAAUAAUAUAAAAAAAAGUCAAAGCUCAACUAGCUUCUCAUCAAAUAGAAAUCAAUCAUCAUAUGAAUAUAGUAAUAGUUAUAGUAGUAAUGGCAGUGGUGUGGGUAGUAAAAUAAACAUGUCACCUUCAACUUCAUCAAAUUCAUUAAAGGGAUCAAAUUCAUUAAAAAGAACAAAUAUAAUUUUAAAUGAUAUACCAGAGCAUUCAGUUUUAGAUACACCAACAACUAAUAGAACUGCAGAUAUAAUUUACAAUCAAGUACAGCAAUAUAAUAAAAAUAAUAGCAUUAGUGAUGCCCCACCAAUAACCACUACAACUACCACUACAACCACAAAAAAUGCAACAAAAAAUAAUAAAAGUAAAUCAUUAGAUCAGUUACCACCAAUUGAAAGUAAAAUUGCAGAAAAGAAACAAUCAUCAUUUAAAAAGAAUAUUGAUUCGUUUUUUAAUGAAAUUAAUGAUUUGGAGAUUGCUGAUACAAGUAAAAAGCAAAUAAAAGACACCACUGUUACAACAACGACAACCUAUACACCAGGUGGCAAAGAUAAACUAAGAGAGUCUAGAAGUAUUAAGAAAAACCAGAUCAAAUCAAAUCCAUCAAGCAAUAAUCUAUCAUUAAACCGAAGAUCAUUAUCGAUAAUGGGUAAUACAUUAGGUGAUACAGGUCCAAUUCCAAAUGUAGAGCAACCAUCAAUGUUUUCAAUUAAAGAUACACACAAUAUAUUCGACUAUAAGAAACCUGUAAUCUCUGCAAACACCAAAGUAUUUAUAACAUGUCUCAAACGUGUACUUAUCGAUAAAGAUAGAAUUAUGGAAAGAAAUGAUCAAUCUCUUAGAACCGUUAUUUAUAAGCUAUGCUUUACAAUUAAAAAACUGCAUCAAGACGGAAUUUUAAAUAUUUUAUUUGAUGACAUUCGUUUAAUCACCGAAAUUAUCAUCAGAAGUGGUUAUUUUAUUCAAAUCUUUAGAUCUUUUUUCAAAUUGGUUGAUGAAGUUAAAACAAGUGAAGUAUUUUUCAGUUUUCUUUCAGAAUGCAGACAUAUGGCCGAAAUUAUAAAUCUUAUUAUUAAAGCAGCAGGCCAUGGUAACGAAAGCCAAACUAGAAAGAUGAUUUACAUCGAAGAGGACCACAGAAAAAUUUUAUUGAAACAAAUUAAAUAUUUAAUUCAAAUUCUAUUACAAAAUGAAGAGCUUACUCACUUAGUCAAAAACAUUGCAAAUUUGAAGAGACAAGUCGAUAUCGCAAAAGAGGAACAAAGAAAGGCUUUCACCUAUGACUUGAGGAAGAAUCUCCAUGUAUAUGCCCCAUUCACCAACGAGGUAAUUUGUGCUGCUCAGUCUAUAGUGGGUGAAAAGGUUAAUUUGCGUACUGUUUUUUCACACUUGAACCAAGCCAUCAACUAUGUUAAAAACAAUAGAACAUAUAAAAAAGUUAUCAAGGAUCUUUCAGAUAUCAUACGUAGAAUUUAUUCCACUGAAGAAUCAAAUUUAACAAUAGAAUUAGAAACCCAAACUCGUCAAGCUAUGGAUAGAUUAGAAGUGAUGAUUAUUGAAAUUUGUUCAUUACCACCACUCGUCGAAGUUAGAGUACAGCUUUCACUUUUAAUCUCAGCAUUCAUGUCAGAUCCAAUUAAUGAACGUCUAAUCCAUGACAUUAAAGAUUUAUUCAAUAGUAUGAAGUCUGAAAAAAUUGGUAAAAAAAUUGAUAUAAAUAUUUUUAGGGAACUCAAACUUUUAAUAUUCCCAUACCUUAUUCAUAAUAUUCACAAGUUUGGUUUACCAAAUAUCGAGGGUCAAAAAGAAAAAAAGAAAAUAGAGUAUAGAUUAGAAAAUAUCAAUUUAAUACUAACCAAAAUAGAUCCAAACGAUUUAAAUAUAAAAUUAAUUUCAUCAGUCGAAACUGCACCAUUGGUAUUAAAAGGUUGCAUAAAAUCAAUUUUAUCAAUCGAAUUAACCAAUGUUCAUUUUAAAUUAGAGCAAGUGGCAUGGCACUUUAAGAAAUCAUCAUUCCCCAAAAUUAAAGAUAGUGGUUUGGUAAAUAUUUCAACAGGCGAAAAAGGUGUCGAUAUUAAAUUAAAAUUAUCAUUCUCACCAAAUAUACUCGAGAAUAAACAUUGUUUCCAAAUUAUAAAAUCAAAAUGUAAAAUAAACGAUAUACAUAUUAAUAUUUUGAAUAGUAGCCAUAAUGGUUUAUAUAAAACAAUUUAUAAAUUAUUCAAAAAGAAAAUUAAGAAAUCAAUCGAAGAUGCGAUUUCAGAAGAGUUAUCAGCUAAAAUUAUGAAUCUAGAUAAAUAUAUCUAUGACUUAUUCAUUGCAAAUGAUAAACCAAAAGUAGAUAAAACAUCGAUUAAAUCAAUGAAUAAAGCUAAAAGAGAAAAGAUUUUAGAAAGAAUCGUUACAGAAAUUCCAACAUCAACUAAAUCAUCAAGAAGAUUUUCAAUCCUUUCAUUUAACUAUGGACAACCCAAUUCACCAUUAGCUUUUGAUACUCCAAAAUCAACAAGUUCUCGUAGAUCUCUCGAUACAGAAAUCGACGAAUUUAUACUUAAAGAACAACAAAGAGAACGUUCAGAGGAUGAAGAAAAUAGACAAAAAAGAAGUUUAGGACAUGAGUUUAGAUAUGAAUUUUCACCCUCACCCUUACAUGCAAAUUCCCAACUAAACAAUGGAUCAAGUGAUUCACAACUCCAAAGAAGGUUAUCCCAACCUGAUUUAUACAACAGAAACCAAAUAAAUUAA